AAUCACGGCUCGCGCAUGAAAUUAAUACUGGAUUCUUGUAGCGUCUCGUCGCUCAGUUGCUUCGUUGCUCACUAGGACAACAUCGGUUACUUUCUCAGCAAGUUAUUUUGCCUUUCCCCAGGUACUGCUGGGAACACUAUGAGCGCCAACAGACCCAAGAAAAGCAGGUCACCCAAUGGGGAGCAAGGGCGACUGCCUGCUCAUGAACGGCUCGGGAUCCUCUCGAGGACUCUCAAUUCCAGCUCAAGCAUCCGAUGGAUUCUUCCGGCCAAGAUUCGCUCGCCUGUAAAGGAAGAUGUGGUAUUCGUUGGAGCGACGUUUGUCCAACUCCAUGAGUUCCAGGAAACUGGUCAAUUAGUCAAUACCACUGCAAAACUUGACUUUGGGACACAAAUCACUGAUGCAAAGGUAAUCUCGGCCGAUGUGGAGGUCGUCCCAAUCGUCGACGCAAUACUGAAGCAGGAACGGGAUCAAGAACGCUUCACUGUCCAUGGAGAGCCUGUACAACACACUCAACCACCACAGAUUCUCGUCAUCAUUACCGUCGACAACGACCUCAUCUACGUCUAUGCAAGGGAAUACGAUGACGGCGAUGUCAAGCUUGCCUUUGCGAGAAGACCACUCCUCAGAGGUGCUGGGUUACCCUCAAGCGAGUGUCGAUCCAUCGCUGUGGAAUCGCAAUUCAGAUCUCGUGCGCUUGCCAUUGCCUCUCCUUCCGGCUACUUUGGCAUAUUCAAGUUACGUCCAAUUGACGAGAUCAAAUCCGAGAUCGACAGCUGGGAUCCACAGAAACCUGGCUCGUUCCGUCCUUCAGAAGAGCAACGCUUCAUUCAGGUGGACGGAGAUAUUCUAGCAAUGUCGUUCUUGCGCAGUCUCGAAUCAGAUCCAGAUAAAGUCAUACUCCUUCUUCUAGUCUACUCGGGCGAGCAGACUCAAGGGAUACACCAAUACCUUUACAGCUGGGAUACUCGCUCUCCCCUUCAAACAAUAAAACCUAUGGCCUGUAGUGGCCGCCGCUUAACCGAGAGUCGCCUUCCUUCGAUGCUCGUACCGUCAGCACAGCCCUACUCGUUCAUGAUUGUUAUGGAUACUGGACUGUCUUACUAUGAAAACGUCCACACCAACGACACCAAGCGUAUCCAUUGCCCCUUUGUUGAGCAAACCUCUGGCUCUCUGGAAUGGGUUCAAUGGGCGAAGCCAAGGCGGCAUAACGAGUAUUUGCGGAAACGGGAUGAUCUCGUGCUUGUUAGGGAGGAUGGCAUGGUCCACUAUUUCCAGAUUGAGAAGGCUUCGAGUGUCAAAUUCAGCAUGAAUUGCACCAUAGGACCUCUUGGGUUCAAUGUCGACACUGCUUUCUGCAUGCUUGCGGGACCGCCUGACAAAGGUGGCGACAUCAUUAUUGCUGGCGGCAGCAUGACCGAUGGAGGCGUGUUUCAUGUGUCCGCAAGAGGUUCUCCUGAAUGUACUCAGGUCAUUGAGUCGGUCUGUCCUCUGCGGGAUAUGAUCCUUGGUCCAUCAACGACAGUACAUGCUGGACAGUCAACAACUUGGUCACAGGAGACUCCGGAUCGGCUUUACACUUGCUGUAGCAGAGGCCACGGGAGUGGUGCAUUAUUCGAGAUCCGGUAUGGCUUGGAAGCGCAGAUUGGCUGGACUAUGACCUACCCAGAUGCUGCUCUCAUUGACCGAAUAUGGACUCUGGAUAUUCCAACUCGGAAUGAACUGUUGCUAUUGGGGUCGCAGUCCACACAGUCAACAAUGGUGUCGUUUGACCUAGAUACGCAGGAUCUAUCAUUCACCGACUCGGAAACUCAUCCAGGUUUUGACUAUGAUCAUCCGACCCUUGCUGCCGCCGUUAUCGGCGUCGAUAUCAUUGUUCAGGUGACGACUGGUAGUGUCAAUAUCAUCCCAACCACACCCGAUCCUACUCCAUCCCAGAUCACGCGCAUCGAAGCAAAUUUGCAUCAGGCUGCCAUAUUCGAAGGCGAGAACAUACUUGCAACGGUGGUCAGACGUUCUGCGGGCAGCGAGAUAGCUCUGACGGCCAUCAUGACCACUGAUUCUGGCAUUGCGCAGCUGGCACCAGCCACAUCCACAACGCUCCCUGACACCGCCAACAGUCUGUGCUGCCUGAAAUGGGGAGGCUUUCUUUUGCUCGUUGUGGGCACCGACACUGGAAAGCUGCUUGGAUACAUGGUGUCUCCCGAUUUGACGUUAAGGGUGGUCUUUCAACACAGGGUUAGUGAUUUGGACUCCAGCAUUGAGUCUUCAGCGGUCACCUCAUUAGUGGCACUACAACGGGGACCGGAUGACCCUGUGCUCAUCCUUUGUGGUCUCCGCUACGGUAUGCUGCUUUGCUUGGAGAUGAAUAAGGCUGAAAGACGCGAGUCAGAGCUGAGUCUACGGUGCGAUGAUAUCUAUCGUCUUGGGUCCACCUCGGUGAUCGUGACUAAGGAAACUUCGUCGUCAGAUCACGCUCAAGCCACGUCCGCAUUGGUUUUGUGUGACUCGGAAAUGCGGCGUGUUACACUGCACUCAAAUUCUCUUAUGGUAGACUAUACGGUGUCUUCACUAUGGAUUACCAACCGUUCGGAGCCAUCAGUGGAACCGUCGAUAAAUGCUCUUCACCGCAUCCCAAACCUAUCUUCGAAAGGAGAUCCUGGAGGUCUUCUCGUUUGUGCUACGGGAGACGACCUUCUCUUUUGCUCCUUGGUAGGUCAAGAUCAAGGCAUUGUCAGAAAGUCGCCUAUAGAUGGUGUCCCACGGCGUGUGCUCUAUUCCGAAUACCUGCAAAAGUUUGUCGUCGCUUUCGAGCGAAAUCACCUGCUUACCGGUAUCACGCUCGACAAUACUGCUGAUAGCAUUUCCAAAAAGCGUGUUGCGCACGUCAAGAAUAGUGGCCAUAGUGCUCCAACACCCCGUAAGAUCCAACAGGUCGGUCUUCAGUUGGUCGACCCCAGCAUGACAGACACAGACGGCCAAGGACUAUCGGUGGUUGUAACUGAGGAAACAAACGAAACAGUCAAUGCUCUCAUCCACUGGGCGCCAACUGACGGAGAGCAUCACUACGAAUGGUUUGUUCUUGCCUUGGAGCAGAAAGAACCAGGAUUUCCCCAGUGCAGUGGCCGAGUUGUCUGCGUCAACGCCAAAAGUCUCAGCAAAGGAACACCCGACUCAAAUCCCAAGAUUGCGUUCAGAAGUCCCGAUCGACCCGUAACCGCCAUUUGCGCGUACAAGAUGUCCUCACUCUUGAUCGCCGUGGGAAGGGAGCUACACUUGCAUCACUUAGACUUUGCGACUCGCAAAUGGAAGACGCUAUCCAAGCAUCCGCUGCCAUCCUAUGCGAACACUAUUACAUGUCAAGGAUCCAUGAUUUUCGUGGCAACAGCUCAGCAUUCCUUGUUUGUCCUCGUUGAACGCGAUAACAAGCUCUUCGAACACAAAUCGGACACGGAGGCAAGGUCCACGAGGGACGUUGUCGUCUUCGAUGGCACCUCCGCAAUGUUUUCGGCUUGGAAUGCUGGCAGUACGGAUCUCGUGGCGUUCUCGGGGUUUCGUAAGGACGGCAACGAGCCCUACCCACUAUUUCACGCGACGUUGCCUCUCCUUGUGGAUAACCUGCUGUUGAGUCCUAGCUCGGGCAGACGUCAUCGCUUCUACGCGGGUGCCAGCGAUGGGACGUUAUUUCACCUAACGGUGUUGCGAGAAAGUGAGUGGGAGCUGUUGCAUUUCCUGGAGCAGACCAGCUACAUGGACAAGAAGGGCAUCAAAGCUGUGCCAAUCCGAAAGAAAGAUGCGAACAACGAGGAUGUGGUCAUCAGACCUCCACCAGUGAAGCUGACUGAUAUGCAUGUUCGUGGUGACCGAUUGCUCAUGAUGAUCGAAGAAGGACCGUACAAUCUGCGGAAUGUGCUGAGGGGGUCCGAGAUGCUCAACACAUUCAAUGCUCUAGUCACGAGAGUGCUGGGCGAGACGGAGCAUCCUGUGGAUGCUGUGGGUGUGUGGUUGAGGAAGCUGCUCAGGUAUCCGUCGAGAUCGUGAUGGUCGUGGAAAAGUUUGGACGGCCUACAAUCCUUAAUUUUCAAGAAUAAAAUGCAUACUCUCACAGCCGAUCGCUUUCUCUGCCGUAUUGUCGAGCUGGUUCAACUUGUGGUUCCUUUGCCUUGCCCAUGAUCUCUUGCUCACCAUGCAGCCCCUGGAAAGCCUGGUGUUGACUUUGUGGGUAGGCCUGGUGUUGAAGUGUAAGACAUGUACUGGAAGUUCGGCUCAACUGUCAUCCCGUCU